GUAAAAUUCUAGUGAUCCAUAGCCGCAUGGGACAAUUCGAUGUAAAUUAGUUUAAAAUUGUGCUAAAAACUGUUAAAAAUGUAAUGGCUCUUACUUGGUAAUAUUCUGUAUAGUUUUCUGCAUGUAAAUGAUCGCUUUGGUCACACUUUGUGUAUGUAUGUGUUUGUGCCGGGAAACACUGUUCUCCAUUCUAACAAAUUUAAAAUCAAUUUUAUCGAUAGAUGUACCGAAAAUUAUCAUCUAGUACUCUUUUCUACUACGUUUACGCCUGGACUUUUUCCCAUUUCUCAUUUUGGUUUCAAAAUCUAAACUUGGCCUGGCUAAAAUUGUUUUCCCUGAAUCAAAAAGAAUUUAAAUUUCUAUCCUUUUUUUCUGUGUUUAAUAAGAACAUUUACAAAAUGGCUACCCCAAGUGCGGUUUCUAGUAGUCCACGCCCCCAGGAGGAUUUUGGCACUGGUCAGAUGCUGCAGGAACUGAAGAACCUUGUGCUGUGGCGAAACUUUUCCCGCACACUGUUGGUUUUUACAAGCAUUCUGAUCCUGUUGGUGGACAUUAUGCAACAUUCGGCCAUUAGUGUGGUGAGCAUGCUGGGCAUUGCCUUGAUCCUCGUCGCCUUGGGAUAUCGCUUCUUCGUUGAGGUGAUAGAGUUGUGGAACAGAAGAAACAACGAGGAGGAAUACUAUUCCUAUCGUUUCAAUGUGUUGAUGACCUGCAACAUACCCCAAGAGGAGGUCAUGCAUCUGACAGGCGUGGCUGUCGUCAAGUUGAAUGCAUUCGUUAACAAAAUGAUUGAACUGCUCCUGGUGAAGGAUCUGCACGAGUCGCUGAAGCUUAUGGCCAUUCUCUGUUUUAUCAAUAUGAUGGGGGACUAUUUCAAUUUCAUGACCCUGCUGCUGUUCGGUCAUGUUGUGCUGUUUACUUUGCCAAAUGUGUAUGAGUUAAAGAAGACAGCUUUUUAUGCGUUUCUGAUCAAAAUGGGAGUUGUUCAGAUCCAAGAAGAGCAACAAGAGGCAGUCGAUGCCGUACUUGAGGAUGAGGAGGCUGAACAACCGAUUUGUGAGGCCGAACCCUUGGCCGAGGAGGCUGCACCCCCAAGUCGUCCACCCAACGGGAAAGAUCCAAAAGAAGAACCUUUUAAGGAACAAAAUCCAGUUUCAAAUUUGGAAGGUUUUUUAAAGAAGAAAAAACAGGACUUGAAGUUCUUGGCAAUGUUUGAGGAGGUGCAUGACCCUGACUGCAGCUGUGCUGAAUGUGACCUGCUCGAUUUGACACUGGUGCCCAAGCACCAAGAAAAAUCCAUCAAGGCACAGAACAAAGAACAGAAAAUAAACUACUUGGAGGCGAUUGAGGAGCAGGAGGACACUGUGACACUGGUGCCCCCAAAAAUGUAGUGUUCAUUUGCUGUAUUAAGAUAUAAAUCUAUUCACUAUAAUUAUAAGCAAUGCUGAUCUCAGUUGCCCACCAAA